AUGCCUUACAACAGAAGAAGAAAGCUAUUUAGAAAUGAAAAUAUAAAAUGCGAAGAAUACCUUCAAAAGGCACAAAAUGACAAAUUAAACGAGAACCGGUGGCUGCCUAAAGUUCAAAAAAGUGAUAUGGACAUUGCUAAAUAUAAAAAAUCAUUACAGAAGGAAAGAACCACUGUCAAUCCAAGAGCUACAUUACCAGCAAUGUCAGAAGAUGAUGAAGCAGAUGCUCUAGAGAUUACAGCUGAUAUACAUCUUAUUGCAGCUCAGGAAGUAGCAGUACUUGAAGGCGAAACAGUUGAAAUUAAUAAAAACGCUACUAGAAGAAUGAACCGUUUAAGAACUAUCAUAUGA